AUGAAGAAAGCAACUUCUGCCAAGAAAAUUGUAGAGGUUAAAGUGGUCUUUAAGAAAGAUAAUCCACAAUCUCCUAGCAAAGAAAGCGAGGGCUGUGGUCCAGAGCCUGAUGACAAGGCAGAGGCAAACAUAAUAUUCAGUGGAGAUAUCUGUGAUAAAAAGGAGACUAAAGAUGACUUACCUGAAGUUGCUGCAAAUAUCUCUGCUUCUAAGGACAUUGAAUCGAAAGCCAGCGGAGCUCAGUCAUGGCCAAAGGCAUCUAACAAACACAUUAUGAGACCGCGGUUGUAUCAAAUGAAUUCGAGCCAAACACGGCCCAGCUUGUUUGGUGAAAGGGCGGGAGGGACUCAUGUUGUGUCCCAUGAGAGAGAAUCUUUGUGGUCUCACCGCUGUCUUUCAGAGAAUUUUGUUGAGAAAGCAAUGGAUGGUGAAUAUCAAAAGAAACCUAUGUCCAUGAAGAGUGAGGCAAAAGAAAAAUAUGAUUUAAAUGAUUCACACAGCAGUUUGUCACAUUGUGAACUUGGUGAAAAAUGUGACACUAGCAUUGGAUCCUUGAACCCUUUUAAAAAGUCACCCAUUUGUUCUUCAUCAAACAAUGAAAGUUUCAAUGAUGAGAGUAAUCUCUUAGACAAUAAUUGUGACAGCUUAGAUCACAUUCUAAGGGAUUCUAAGAGUAAGAUAUGCAGGAAAAAAGACAGAAUAUCUACAUCAAGUGAGAAAGAGUCAAGUAGUGCUUGUUCGCACAGAAAUUCUGUUGUUAAUGAUAUCGUGGCUAAUGCCUCAAAAACUGAGGUAGUUUGUGCCCAAUGUGGAAUCACAUUGCCCAAGCCUCAGUGCUUCUAUAGCCUGGGUUCCCUGUGCACUGAUGGGGAAGUUUGUGAGACAGACUCAGAUGACAUAAACCGUCACCCUGUAGAAGACAUUGAUGAUGAGCGGCCACUUGCUGAGGUUCAAAGUCACCAUGAUACGGGAUAUACCAGCAGUGAUGACUUUGAAAAUGACAGUACUCUCUCAAAAGAGCUUGACCAAGUUUGGUCACACGACAAGCGAGAGACUGAUAGUUAUGAUGGGGACUAUGAGACUGAUAAUGAAGAAAAUGCUUUUAAACCUGACAGCUUGAGUGAUGACAAGGCUUUAAAGCCUCUUGUUUCAGUUGGUGAGCCAUUACCAAUUAAGGACUAUGCAUUAAGAGAAUGGAAAAGUGACACACCUACUUCAACUGCUAUGAAAAAGGUAAGUAGUUACCUUUUCCUUGGUCACAUGGUUACUUUUCCUUCAAGUAACUUUAAGUAAGCAAAAUAUAUCCAUCAACACUGCUGGAAAUAGUGAACUGAGUAAACUUACCAAGUUUAAAGGUGAUACUUCAAAGGCCAGCAAAGAUGCUCCUUAAGGUGGAGAAAUUCUACAGACGUUCAGUAGUUUUGAGGGCCACAAGUUAAUUAGCCUUGGGCUAUUUAGUGUUAUCCUCAUUAAUUAAAGGCAUUAUUAUUAUUAUUAUUGUUUGUAUGGUGGUUGUCCCCCACCGUACAUGCUGAGGCGAAGCAUCAUCGUAAUUUUGCGACAUUGCAGAGCUAUAUCUUUGUUUUUUUUUUUAAAUAAAUAAUUUUAAAACUUGGCAAAUUUACUGAGGUGAAAGUGUUUUUUCUGACAGUAUUGAUGGACAUUUGCUAACUGGUCCCUGUCAAAAGUUGAAAAACCCAUGGAGGGUAGUAUUAAGGUGGCUGAACACAGUUUUGGCAGUUUCUGAGUAUAGGUCAUUUGCCAAAUUAUGGCAAGAGAAAGGUUGCAGCUCAUAAGCUGAAACUUGGCGAGUGAAAAAUUUACUGAUGAAGAUUUUGACUGACAGGUAAAAUUUGACGUUUUUGUAGUUUCCCUGGCAUCAUGAAUGAUUGAAUACAACCUUAAACUUUCACUUUUACUCAGUUUACAUAAAAUUUGCUCAUUAGAUUUUCUUAUAAACUUGCUCACAGCUUACUAUAAUAUUAAUCAUUGCCAUCUAAAAUUUAUUUGACCCAGUUUUAACAGAGGGGUUUUUAGAUAAACAAUAAUAAAUCGUCUGAUCAACUUCCAUUUUAAAGUAGAUUUUUUUGAGAAAUCGUCUUCUGUGUACUAUUGCUUUUUCGCCGCCAUGUUUGUUGUCUAAUUUAAAACACGCGCCACCGCUGACUGCCCGCAAAACUGUGUUCAGCAGACUGUGUUUUCCCCACAAUCUGCAGAAUGUUUCAUAUGUACCAUUCUCAGCCUUGUCCAAUAUUGUAAAUGUAGCAAGAACAAAGUACAAUAGGUUUACUGUAUGUAGCUCUAGAUACAGUGUUCAUUCAAGUUCUGUGUGUAUUAUUUUUGCAGGGAUAUGGUCGCAUAUCAUCACUUACCGGGUGUCACCAUCUUCGUCAAAUAAGAGGAGAUAAUUACUGUGCAAUAAGAGCAGUGCUGUUUCAGGUGUUAGCUGGAAAACUCCCUGUAUUGAAUUUGUUUACAGCUACAUGUAAUAAGAAGCCUAAACUUGAAAAGGUGAGGCGAGCUUUGUGGUUUAGAAAUGCAGUCAAAUGUCUGUAAUAGCUGAAUUAUUACACUGAACAUCUUUGUUGCAUGCUAUUUUAUUGAGAUAAAACACGUGUGUCUUUGUGGUAUUUUGUGUUUCUCGUGACAAGGGUUUGGUGUUACAAACUGAUAAAAUUUAUUUGAUAAUGUCAACACUGCAGCACUCGGUGGCCCCUCGGGCCCAAUUUUUGCUCACAGGUCACUGAAAAAAUCUUAGUUUUUUCGUAGCAAUCAUAUGCGGGGCACCCUGGAUUUCAGAGGUUCAUAGCACUGGGCUGCCUUCAAUUUUUCUUAGUGCACAGCCUCGAAUAUACUUAUAGUAAAGUGGGACCCUGCUUUACAGACACCCACUUAAUAUGGACACUCAUACAUAGUGAACAGUUUUGUCAACACCUGACAGUUUAGUUAACACCUGGUUAAUGAGGAUACUAUAGCGUGUCCCCUUGGUGUUCGUAUUAACGGAAGUUCCACUGUAUUUAUGUCUUGUUUUGAGAAAAGGUCACCUCAAGGAUUGUGAUGUGUUAUGUUUUCAUAAUUACAUGUAGACUUGUUGAGUGAGUAAAUAAACGGCCUUGAAUAUACUUAUAGUAAAGUGGGACCCUGCUUUACAGACACCCACUUAAUAUGGACACUCAUACAUAGUGAACAGUUUUGUCAACACCUAACAGUUUAGUUAACACCUGGUUAAUGAGGAUACUAUAGCGUGUCCCCUUGGUGUUCGUAUUAACGGAAGUUCCACUGUAUUUAUGUCUUGUUUUGAGAAAAGGUCACCUCAAGGAUUGUGAUGUGUUAUGUUUUCAUAAUUACAUGUAGACUUGUUGAGUGAGUAAAUAAACGGCCUUGAAUAUACUUAUAGUAAAGUGGGACCCUGCUUUACAGACACCCACUUAAUAUGGACACUCAUACAUAGUGAACAGUUUUGUCAACACCUAACAGUUUAGUUAACACCUGGUUAAUGAGGAUACUAUAGCGUGUCCCAUUGGUGUUCGUAUUAACGGAAGUUCCACUGUAUUUAUGUCUUGUUUUGAGAAAAGGUCACCUCAAGGAUUGUGAUGUGUUAUGUUUUCAUAAUUACAUGUAGACUUGUUGAGUGAGUAAAUAAACUGAUCUGCUCAUUCCUUUGAGAUUUUUACCACUCCAUUGGUCUGGUCCUCACGGGUCUGCUACUAUGAAGGGUACAUGUGGUUUUGUCAUCUGAGUCAAAAUUUUGCUUGAAAUUGCCCCAAUUACUUUUUCUUUCUGUCUUUCUUUCUUCCUUUGAAUUAUUUCUUGUUUGAAAUUCUUUGCAGAAUUAACAACUAAUGAUUUAUGGCACACUUUGUUCUGAGGUUUGCGUGUUGCAAAGCGUCAUGUACUGCACUGCCUGAAGGAAGGAAGUGUUGUCCAAAUCUACUCUUCAACCUAUAGAGUCUGAGUUUGAGCAUGAGCUUUUCUCUUUUGCAGAUUUGUACUUCACAUUCUUUUCUUGACCAGUGGAGCUUUGCUAACAGAUUACCUGUUCCAAAGAAGGAAAUAAGAACCACCCUAGAGAAAUUCUUGGUCUUUUUCAGCAACCAGGUACAACAUAAGUGAUAUUUGAACCUCUUGCUUUUCAAAAAUGUAUAUAUACAUGUGCGGCUAGUUUUUUAGAGUGGGUGUCCAACGUGUGUGUCAUUUCAUCUAUUUCCAUUCAUAAACGUGUUAUGUGAUUGUAAUUUACUUUACAGACCCGCAAAAUAUGUGACCUCCCCAGCCAACCAGAAAGAAUAGAAUCCACUCUGUCCUUGCUCAACCAUGAAACUGAAGAAUUUAAGAUCCUUGAGGCCACCAAACUGUUGAUGUAUGAUGCCGCUGUUCACUUGUAUUCAAUGCUUAGCCGUGGAGAAGAUAUUCCUGUAUUUGCGAUGCUAUUGUUUGCCCGUGACUCAUCUGAAUCGCCGCGGGGCUUGUUAAUUAAUCAUUUAAACAGAACGGGAGACACUGGAGGACUGGAACAGGUGAGCUGAGCAAAGUAUGCAUAGUAACAGCCAGCGGGCAAUCCCUCCAUUUAUAGCGAGCGUAGCAAGCCGCGAGAGAACGCGUGACCGAGCAACUAUGGCACCCCUCUUUAACACUCGCGUCUCCUUUCGCGUUGUGCUCUCGCGUGACUUCUCGCAACUCCCUCAAAUGGAGGGCUAACGGUGACACUAAGCCAUAAACAUAACAUCGCUUGUAAAAGUGGUUAUAAUGUGUUUACUCGCGAAACUAUUUAGAGUUCUUAAAUGUGUCCGUGCGUUUCAAACUGGAAUUUUGAAGAGGUGGUUUUUGAGGAAAGAGGAAAACAGGAGAACCGGGAGGAAAACCUCUUGGAGCAAGGGAGAGAGCCAAUCACAAACUCAACCCAAAUAUGGCAUCGGCGCCAGGAUUUAAACCUGGCCCACAUUGGUGGGAGGCGAGUGUUCUCACCACUGCGCCACCCUUGCCUCUAUGUCUGUCAUAAAUUUUCUUCAAUUCAGACAUAAAAACUAGAGGAAACUCAUUAAAUGUGACAGCUGCGCGUGCUAAAUUCCACCAGCUACUCUGGCCUGAGCACGCCCAAUGGAAGUCGAACCUAUAUGUAGGACCUAGUCUGAGGUGCCGUUAAGAUACUAUAACUACUGAGCAACUUGUAUAGACAUUUGUUGGGCAAGGCCAUAGAUACAACAUUUGUGAUUUGGACCUCACAGAGUUGAACCUCUGCACAACUGCCACCUUGGGUACAGAGGAAAGUGGUCGUUGUAGAGAGAUGGCCGUCAGUGGAGGUUCGACUUUAUAUAGAUAACCCGUGUUUUAACAAUGCUUUUCUGUCUCUAGGUCGAGAUGUGUUUACUUGGAUUCACUCUUGGGGUAGUCAUACAAGUCAUUCGCCCUUCUCAAGUAGAUAAGGAGGAUUUUAUAGCGUAUUACCCUUCUUUAGAUGACGCGUCAAAGUACACGCCCAUGGUGACUCUUGUAGCGGAAGACGAUAGACACUAUAACAUUGUCAUGUAGAUUGAUUUAAGUAGUACCGGUACAUUUUACCAAUUGUCUGCUGUAACAACAAAUUGACGUUCGAACGGCCGUUUCCGAGUUCCCAAAAAAUCACAUUUUCAAAACGAGGUCAAGUGCAAGGAUGUUUUUCAUUUCCAUAGAAACGAAAAAAUCAUUUUCAUAUCAAUGGCUUUACACUUGACCUCGAGUUGAAACAGACGCUUGGAGCAACUCGGCAAUUACCUAUUGAUGAAGAGAAUCCUACAUUGUGAGAUAUGACGUGAUUACUUGUUAAGAAUCAACAAGAGGGGAUAAAUAUCCUCUCAUGGAAUCAACCAACUCAGGUUCAAG